UAAAAAGUAUCAGGGAGAUGCGGUCGUAUUUCCACGAAAUAACAUUAUAAAGUAAAAUCGUAUUAUAUUGUAGAGUGUAGACCAAUAAAAUUGGCAUUUCAGUAAAUAUUCCAUACCCAGCAAUGUAUACUCGUUCAAUAACGCCGUAACAUGUCGAAAUGCUACUUAAUGAAAUAGUGGAAUCAGUAAAAUUAUUUCUCAAAAAUUCACACAUAAAUGUGAAACAUGAUUGGUUGCAAGGGUGUAUAGAAUAUUUGCACGAGAAAGGUUAUGAUCCUAAUUCUAUAAGCAAGAUAACUAAGGAGCAAUGGUUAUUGAAUGAUUUAAAGGAAGUUUCUUUGGGAUGUCUUCCUUCUAAUUUAAAAAAACAAAGUCUAGUUAUUUUAGAUGGAAAUUUUGUUCUUCAAGUAAAUUCAGAAAUUAAUAUUUCCAUGUCUGUUUAUCAGCAGUAUAGUAAAUUAAAAAAUGUAAACAAUGAAAAUAUUGAGGCUACGAUAACAACUGAGGAAAAAAUUACAAGUAACAGAAUACUCAAGUUCUUUUUAACUGACGGUGUGCAAGAUGUUACUGCCAUAGAGUACAAAUGUAUAAAUAAAAUUAAAAAUGACUUAAAUCCAGGCUAUAAAAUUCUAGUUAAAGGACCAGUAGUGUGUCGGAACGGUGUCAUAUUCUUAACAGACAAGGAUGUGGAUAUGAUGUGGGGUGAAGUCAAAGAAUUCAGCAUUACAAAUUCUAAGAUAUCAAUACUCGCUGCAAAAUUAGGGUUAUCAGAUGCCAUUUCCUCAGUAAAUAAUCAAAGUAGCUCAGUUGAGAAUCGAAACCAAAUAGUUUUUAAUGAAAAUAUUACAGCUGAGAGUACAUUAAAUAGAUUUGAGCGUCAAAACAACACAACUGAUCAACAAAACAGAAAUAUAAAUGAAAUAGAUAUACCCCAGAAUCAGAAUAGAAAUGAAAGAGUUGAGGAAUUCAUAGACUUAGAUGAUUAUGAAGAAAUCAGACAGGAUACUCCCGCAGACUUACUUGCUGACCAUGGUUUGGAAGACAAUUCACCUGCAUUUAAUACAGUCAAAGUCUCGGCUAGUCCGUUUGUUUAUAUAAAACAGAUAAAUGAUUUGAACCAAUGUGAGAGAAUAAAUAAGGUAUUUAAAGUGAAAGCCCAAAUACUUUAUCUGCUAAAACGGCCAUCAUUCACUAAAGAUAAGUGGAUGGUUGAAUGUAGAAUAACAGAUGGCACCGGCUGUUUGAAUGUAGAAGUGAAUAGCUGCUUGUUCUCUACGAUAAUAUCUCACACUCCACAAGAAAUGGCCGAACUGAGCUUGCAAAGACAAAAAGAUCCAGCGACUAAAGACAGAAUAGAUAGAGACUUCGUAAAGUAUUUAUCAGAAGCAAAAAGAAAAUUGGAUUCCGAAUACUCUAUAAUGGAACUUAACAUGUCACCCACUCCGGUUAUAACACAGUUCAUCCCAUUCACUGAGCAGCAUGUUAUGCUGUUACAAAAAAGGCUGCAAGGAUUUUGAUACCUGAUGAUAUAUAGUAGACAAUACAUAUAACAUUCUGUAGCAGAACAAGAUAUCUUGCCAGGAGGCAAAGACUUAUAUGUAUAUUCAUUUCUCUCAUUGAAAGCACCUAAAGCUAUCGGCCGCUAUGUUGACGCACCCCGGAUCUGUCCGCGACAGGGCACACCAGCGGCUGGCCGGUCCUGGCAAUGACCGGACUUACUACCUCGGAGGAAGGGGGCGAUCCCGGCAAUUCAUUGAAGGCACCUGCCAUAAAGCAAUGUGAAUAAAUUUUUACUGACACUAAUUUUUUAUUUGAAAUUUCAUCUGCUGUAUGUAUAUAUAAUUUAUUAAACUGUAGUCAGCAAGAACCUCGAUUGUUCCUAUUUUGGCACAAAUCCCUUUUACCAUUUGUAAGAAGCGUUCGUAGCUGAUGACCACUUAACAUCAAGGGUACCAUCCUUAGCUACUACACUAUAUUAAUAUGAUAUCAAUGUGAGCAUAAUCAAAUGACAGAUUUUUUAUAUCUAUUUUAUUUAAUACACGUCCUCCUGACAUUGCGUGUGGUUCAAUAUACAAAAAUUAUCAUUCAUAUAACAUCAACACAGGUUAACUAAUGUGCAUAUUUCCUUGCACCGAAUUCUAUAAAGAGCUGAUUGAGAAAUUGACAAUCAAUAGCAUUCGAAAUGAAAAAAAAUAAUUUCAACAAACAACAGCAAGGAAGAUAAUAUUAAAAAGCCAUACAAAACAAAUAAUAAUAAUAAUAAUAAUAAUAAUGAAAUCUACUUUCCAAAUGCUCUUUAUCAAUGAGCGAAAUUAGAAAAUAUUCGUUGGCUUAUGCAAUUUCUCUGAAAGCUCCUUAAUAUCAACAUAAAAUUAGUUGAACACAGGAACAGCGUAACUAAAUUGAGCACUCAACUAAUGAACAAAUCAAUAUAAGAACAAAUAAGGUCGAGGUCAUUAAAACUAUGUACUCAUUAGUUCACAGAAGACAUUGGCGCUCACAUUGAUCGAGUUAUUUGUUUUAUUUAAAAUGUAAAUGUACACUAGUUUCAGUUAUAAUAGAAACAUGUCAAUGUUAAUGUUAAAAAUAACAGAGAAUGUGAGGCCGACGAUUUUAUGAAGGAGACAUUACAAAAUAUAAUUAAAAACACGAUUUGCCAAUUAACUCACGAGGUAAUACAUAGCGUAGCAAUGUUGACACUAACGGAAGACAUCUCCAUCACGAGCGGUUCAGAAAUAAAUACACUUUAAAAGUAUUACGUAUAACAUAGUUUCUUGCGAUAGAAUUAUACUUAAAUCGUUUUGCAAAUAAUCGUGGAUCAUUCAAGACGGGAUGAAAACCGACACUAGUGAUGACUGGA